AGAUUAAUAUGUUUCCCUUUGCAAAAAGACUUGCCAUCUUUUGCUGCUAAAAAAAAAGUUCUUUGGUCCUUGAUGAAGAAUGCAGUUCUCAAUUUUUUUGGGAAAAUUAAAGGAAUAUGUAAUAAAGCGUAGCAAUUCUAUUUACAACCCUCUCUACAUUAAAACAACUGGAUAAAAGGUUUGGACAAAAUGGACGCUACUUCCCAAGGAUGGACACUUUCAAAGGCAUUGUUUUUGUCGUACAUGGCCUUAUCCUACGUAAUUGGAGAGAUUGCACAUUUUCUUAUAAAUACAACAAGCCGAGAGGUGGCGAGAGAAAUUCAAUUUGGAGACCAGGCCUGUUUUGUAAACAAGACAAGGGCAGCCGAGCUUAACAGCAAUGCUAGCUGUACAGGGUACAACGAGACCUCAUGUACAGAAGAGCCACUGUGUUACUGGGAGUACUCAGGACUUGGAUACGAAUAUCAGAUUUUGGCCGGACCUGCUUUUAUUGGAGUAUUUACGGUGUCUGCUAUGCUGCUAGCUGUUCUGUCUGAUUUUCUGUAUGAUAAGCUAAGUAGAACUGUACUUCUUGCAGCAGGGACAUUCACGUUCUCUUCAGCAUGUAUACUGAUGGGUCUAGCAUCUCAAUACUGGCACUUAGUGAUUCUACGAGGACUGAUUGCUAUGGGAGAGAGUGUGUGUAGACCAAUCAGUGGAGCUCUUAUAGCUGAACUCUUCCCACCAUCAUCCAGGGGUGUAGCUAACGGUAUAUUCUCCUGGGGAGUUUACUACGGAUAUGGUCUAGCUUAUGUUUUCGGUAUUUAUAUUACUGAGGCUGAUAUAGCUGGGUAUGGUUGGAGAGCACCGUAUGUGCUGGCCGGUAUUCCUGGUUUACUCAUCAGUGUACUGCUAUGCUUUGCGGUCAAAGAUCCAAGAUGUUCACAAGUUGGAGAAUCAAAACAAGGAUCUAGGUCUGGAGGAGGUUUACCCUACUUUAAGUCACUUCUAAGAAACUUUCUGAGUCCUUCCAUGAUAAUACUACUGUUGGCUGCAUUUGCAAGGCACACUGCUGGACUAGCCUGGGCUUACAAUACUCGACUAUUCUUCCAAACCUACUAUCCGGACUUUGACAUAGUAUUGUGGAUCUUAUGCGCUUCUGUGAUCGGAGGAUCUUUUGGUGUGUUUGCCGGAGGAUUCUUUUCCGACAGACUGGUUAAACAUCUUGGUUUACCAUCGCGUCUAUGGUUACUGGCACUAUGCACAUUGCUGGCUGCACCCCUAGCAGUUGGUACUUUGUACUUCCCUCCCCCUCAGGCAAUGUACUGUUUGAUUGCCUACUACUUUCUGGCAGAAACAUGGUUCGCUGUACUUUUUACAGUGAUAGUUGAGAUAGUAGAUCCUGAGGUUCGAUCAACUUGUAUAGCUAUAUUCCUCUUCUGUAUGAACCAGGUUGGUGGAAACCUUCCGAUUGUUGUGACACCACUCAGCAAAACAUUGGGUUACAGGACUGCUAUGUACGUAAUGUGGCCAGGAAGCUUGACUAUAAGUUCAGUUCUCUUCCUAACUGCUUCAUUGCCUCUUAUUAUCAGACAAAGGCGAAUGCGGAAUGAAUUAAUGAAUGAACCAGCUAGUGAUGAGAAGAGCGACUAGAAAACAACUAAAACAGAAGAUCACAAGAUUAGAAUGACUGAGGGAUUUUUUCAAGGAAAAAAUUAGUUUUCAAAACAAAAUUGAUGAUGGCGAGUUUGAGAAUAACCAAAAAUAUUGAUUAUUACUAUACAAAAAAGUUCAAAGAUUUAUUGAUUGAAAAAUAUUUGUCGUUUAGAAAGUUUUUAAGUAUGUGUUAAACAAAAACUAAAAGAAUUCGCGUUUGGUUAUUUGGAUUAUAAAAUGUAUAACGUAUAUUGUAUGUAUUGUUUGUACAUGUUUUACUAUCUGUAUGUUAGUGUAUUAAGUAUACAUUGUAAUUGUACUUCCGUUUUAUUUAUAAACAGUUUGUAAGUAAACUGAACCUAAAGGG